UCACUUUGGAGUUUGGGAUGCAUGCUAUGAAGUGUGGCUCACCUUCCUUCAAUAUUUAUACACACCAACACCUCAAGAAUUGAAACACCAUACACCAUUCAUUUUCUCCCUCACUCUCUCUCUCUCUCUCUCUCUCUCUCACACACACACACAAAGUUGAGGAGAUAAGGGUAGUUGGAGAAACUUCAAAACAUUAUCAAUGGCAGGGAGUGGUGUGUUUGAAGGGAUCAAAGAGGGAGAAGUGUUCAAAUACUACACAGAUGGUGAAUGGAAGAAUUCUACUUCUGGCAAAUCUGUUGCUAUUAUCAACCCUACUACCAGAACCACUCAGUACAAGGUUCAAGCAUGUACACAAGAAGAGGUGAACAAAGUAAUUGAAUCGUCAAAGAUCGCUCAGAAGCAAUGGGCAAAGACGCCUCUAUGGAAGCGAGCUGAGCUUCUUCACAAGGCAGCUGCUAUUCUUAAAGAGCACAAGGCUCCCAUUGCCGAGUGCCUAGUAAAGGAGAUUGCCAAACCCGCCAAGGAUUCGGUCACUGAGGUGGUCCGAUCAGGGGAUCUAAUAUCAUAUUGUGCAGAGGAAGGGGUUAGGAUUCUAGGAGAAGGCAAGUUCUUGGUUUCUGAUAGUUUUCCAGGCAAUGAGAGAACUAAAUAUUGCCUCACUUCAAAGAUUCCGCUUGGAGUUGUCUUGGCCAUACCUCCCUUCAACUAUCCGGUGAACCUUGCUGUCUCCAAAAUUGGUCCGGCGCUUAUUGCUGGAAACUCCCUUGUCCUCAAGCCUCCGACUCAGGGUGCGGUGGCUUGUCUUCAUAUGGUGCACUGCUUUCACUUGGCCGGCUUUCCGAAGGGUCUAAUUAGCUGCGUGACCGGAAAAGGAUCCGAGAUUGGAGAUUUCCUAACUAUGCAUCCUGGAGUCAACUGUAUCAGCUUCACAGGUGGUGAUACCGGAAUCGCAAUCUCCAAGAAAGCUGGCAUGGUACCACUUCAGAUGGAGCUUGGAGGAAAGGAUGCUUGUAUCGUGCUUGAAGACGCAGAUCUAGAUUUGGCAGCAGCAAAUAUCAUCAAAGGAGGUUUUUCUUACAGUGGGCAAAGAUGCACUGCUGUUAAGGUGGUCUUGGUGAUGGAAUCCGUUGCAGACACGCUAGUCGAGAAAGUCAACGCCAAGUUGGCGAAACUGAAGGUGGGUCCGCCCGAGGAAGAUUGUGACAUCACCCCGGUUGUAUCAGAGUCGUCAGCAAAUUUCAUUGAGGGGUUGGCUAAGGAUGCAAAGACGAAAGGGGCAACAUUUUGCCAAGAGUACAAGCGCGAGGGAAACCUCAUUUGGCCGGUGUUGCUUGAUCAUGUUCGGCCUGACAUGAGAAUCGCAUGGGAGGAGCCGUUUGGGCCCAUCAUUCCGGUUAUUAGGAUCAACUCCGUUGAAGAAGGAAUCCACCAUUGCAAUGCUAGCAAUUUUGGUCUUCAGGGAUGCGUGUUCACCAAGGACAUUAACAAAGCGAUUUUGAUUAGUGACGCGAUGGAAACAGGAACCGUCCAGAUUAAUUCAGCUCCAGCUCGUGGCCCUGAUCAUUUCCCUUUUCAGGGUUUGAAGGACAGCGGGAUCGGAUCCCAAGGAAUCACAAAUAGCAUUAAUAUGAUGACGAAAGUUAAGAGCACAGUGAUCAACUUGCCUACCCCAAGUUACACCAUGGGGUAGCUCCAUUUCUAUGAAUAUGAAAUGAAUAAAAAUGGACUAUAGUAUUAAGGCUUCUGUUGUCUUCAUACACGAUAAAUAAUGUCUAGAACUGUCAAAAAUGUUGAAUAUACUUCAUGCAUUGAUGUGUUGUGUGUUCGAUGGUAGAAAUUAAUGUUUUUUUAAGACGUUUGAGACUUGUUGUUUUUUUAUCGUCGGCUUGAAGACAAAAAAGGUCAAUGGUUUGGUUUUCA